AUGAAAGGCCUGUGUCACCACCUCUGUUGUAUUGUGGGUGGUUGUCUGAAACCUUUGCAGGGAGCCGACCCGGCGCGGCCACCUGUACCUCCAGCCACCACUCACUCCCAGUACCUCCAGCCACCACUCACUCCCAGUACCUCCAGCGACCACUCCCCCAGUACCUCCAGCCACCACUCACUCCCCCAGUACCUCCAGCCACCACUCCCCCAGUACCUCCAGCCACCACUCCCCACUCCCAGUACCUCCAGCCACCACUCCCAGUACUCCCAGUACCUCCAGCCACCACUCACUCCCAGUACCUCCAGCCACCACUCCCAGUACCUCCAGCCACCACUCACUCCCAGUACCUCCAGCCACCACUCACUCCCAGUACCUCCAGCCACCACUCACUCCCAGUACCUCCAGCCACCACUCCCAGUACCUCCAGCCACCACUCACUCCCAGUACCUCCAGCCACCACUCCCAGUACCUCCAGCCACCACUCACUCCCAGUACCUCCAGCGACCAGUCACUCCCAGUACCUCCAGCCACCACUCCCAGUACCUCCAGCCACCACUCACUCCCAGUACCUCCAGCGACCACUCACUCCCAGUACCUCCAGCCACCACUCCCAGUACCUCCAGCCACCACUCACUCCCAGUACCUCCAGCGACCACUCACUCCCAGUACCUCCAGCCACCACUCACUCCCAGUACCUCCAGCCACCACUCACUCCCAGUACCUCCAGCCACCACUCCCAGUACCUCCAGCCACCACUCACUCCCAGUACCUCCAGCCACCACUCACUCCCAGUACCUCCAGCCACCACUCCCAGUACCUCCAGCCACCACUCCCAGUACCUCCAGCCACCACUCACUCCCAGUACCUCCAGCCACCACUCCCAGUACCUCCAGCGACCACUCACUCCCAGUACCUCCAGCCACCACUCACUCCCAGUACCUCCAGCCAGCGCAGUAG